AAAGCGCACACUAACUGCUGCUGCUCGCUUCAACCUGUAGUUGUUUUGGUUUUUGCUGAGUUUAUCUGUGAUUGUGUCCAUGGCCAAGUCCAUGACUCUGCUGUGGGGAGCCGGAUCUCCUCCCUGCUGGAGGGUGAUGAUCGCUCUGGAGGAGAAGAAGCUGCACGGCUACAAACGCAAGCUGCUCUCCUUCGAGAGGGGAGAGCACAAAUCCCAGGAAGUGCUGGAAAUCAACCCCAGAGGACAGCUCCCCACCUUCAAACACGGAGACAACAUACUCAAUGAGUCCAGUGCCGUGUGUUUAUACCUGGAGAAUCAGUUUAAGUCUCAGGGCCACAAGCUGAUCCCUGACAGUCCUGCAGAACAAGCUCUGAUGUACCAACGCAUGAUGGAGGGUCUCACCCUCACCGAGAAACUCAACUCAGUCAUCUACUAUGAGUGGAUUGUCCCUGAAGAAGAGCGGCAUGAUUCUGCUGUGAACAGACACAGGGAGGCUCUGACAGCUGAACUCAAACUCUGGGAGGGUUACCUGCAGAGGGUGGCUGUGGGCUCAUACCUGGCCGGGGCCUUCUCGCUGGCUGAUGUGAUCGUCUUUCCAAAUACUGCUUAUGCUUUCCGUUUCGGGCUGUCUGUUGGACGUUACCCCAAACUGGCCAAAUAUUACAGCCUGCUGAAGGACAGACCCAGCAUUAAAACCAGCUGGCCCCCUCACUGGGUGGCCAUCCCGCAGGGUUACGACAUCCUGAAGGACCUGUGAAGCACACAGCACAAAAUCUUCAUCGUUUUAUCGUAUGUUUGUUCGACAUUAAAAUAAAGUAAAGAAGUUGUGCUCUCAUUUUUUA